AUGGCGUCUCAGGGCGAGGGUGGAGGAAAGGAUGAGAUAAAAACACACUUCGUAACGAGAGAAGGGACUUAUAAAUUAAUGCCACUAUCUGAGUAUUCUAAGCCGACAAGAGUACCGUACAAUGGACAAGCUAAUACUCCUGUCAAAGUGUCUUUCAUUAAUGUAAACGACGGAAGUGGAUCUCCAGAUCGGAUUUGUUUCAAUGUUGGCAGGGAGUUAUAUUUUUAUGUUUACAAGGAUGUCAAAAAGGCUGCUGAUCUUACAAAACCUAUAGACAAGAGGAUAUACAAGGGAACAUUCCCCACAUGUCACGACUUCAAUAGUCUGUUGGUGUCACCGGACAGUGUACGUCUACUGGUGGGCUUCACCGCUGGUCAGGUCCAGCUCAUCGACCCCAUCAAGAAGGAGCUCGGAAAACUAUAUAAUGAAGAGCGGCUGAUUGACAAAACAAAAGUGACAUCUAUUCGAUGGAUACCUGGAUCACCAAACCAAUUUUUAGUUUCGCACGCCAGUGGUCAGAUGUAUGUUUAUAACGAAGAGUUACCAUGUGGUCCAACGCCACCACAUUAUCAACUUUUCAAGCAGGGUGAUGGAUUUGCUGUGUAUACAUGUAAAACAAAAAGCACCCGUAACCCACUGUAUAGGUGGGUGGUAGGACAGGGGGCAAUCAACGAAUUCGCCUUCUCGCCGUGUUGUAAAUAUCUAGCUGUGGUGAGUCAGGACGGCUACCUCCGAGUGUUUAAUUACGAUUCCAUGGAAUUGCUAGGUUCAAUGAAGAGUUACUUUGGGGGGCUUCUGUGUGUGUGCUGGUCCCCGGACAGCAAGUUCAUUGUGAUUGGUGGAGAGGAUGACUUAGUGACGGUAUGGUCAUUUCAGGAGAAAAGGGUCAUAUGCAGGGGUCAAGGUCAUAGGUCAUGGGUAAGUGUUGUGGCCUUUGACCCUCACACAUCGGUUGUCUGUGGUGUGGAAGGUAGUGAAUUCACAUCAAUGGAUGAAGACAUUCAUAAUGUAACAAGCCACAACCAAAAGUGGGACUUACACGAAGGUGUGGCUAAUGGGGGGACGCAAGGGUCAAAUAGGAACUCGUUAGACUCGAAUAAGACUCCAUCACUACCUAAUAGUCCAGGGUCCUCUUCCUGUAUAACAACGUACCGGUUUGGUUCUAUAGGACAAGACACGAUGUUGUGUCUGUGGGAUCUAACGGAGGACGUAGUUAAACAACCUAUAGGUCGGUCACGGACAAGUGUACUAAUAACAAGUAACUCCAUGCCGAUGUCGGCCAACACAUUACCCAGGUGUAGCAGCCUACAACAUUCUCAAAAAAUGAACUCGGUAGGAAGUAACGAUGUGGCUGCCGACGGCCACGCACAUCUGUUCGCAAAUUCAACAGUGAAUGCUACGACAAAGUUUGCAACAUUAUCAGUGAGUGAUAGCCGGAAGGAGUCCCAGGAUAAAAAAGAACACAAAAGAAACUUCAGUCUUGCUAGUCGCAGUGAUAAAUCUAGUAUACUGAAAUCCAAUCAUGUUCGGCCUGUAGAUGAUGCCAUGAAACUUUUAGGCACUUGCUCAUGCCCCAGGCUGGAUGAAGUGCCUAUACUGGAGCCGCUAGUGUGUAAAAAGGUGGCCUCCGAACGAUUAACUGCACUGGAGUUUAGGGACGAUUGUAUUGUAACAGCGUGCCAAGAAGGUGUGGUGAAUACAUGGGCGAGACCUGGCAAAGUGGGUCUGGCCCAGCAUACUGUGAUGAGUCCGCAGGCAUCAGUCGGAGAAAUGUACCCCAUGUAGUGAAUCGGACAAGGAUCUCCAUACACUUACCACAAGUAAGGGCUUGGCAUUUCUACAGCCUCAUCACAAUGUCGACCUCUGGGAACGAAAGACGACUGACUUAGCAAUGUUACGUGCGUCUGAUGUCAAGGUGGCUUCUGUACCACUGUGUUCCAAAGAAAGGUCAUUUUCUUUGCCCUCUACAACCUGAAAGUUUCAUAAACACAAUGUUUAUGUUACUUAAAAGAGGAUUUGGUUCAAGGUCAUAUUGAAGGUCAAGGUCAUAUAUAGCCUUGAUGAAGUAGACAGUGACUGCAUGACAAAGAGAGAAUUUCCUUAUUGGCUUCAUAUACUGCCAUGCUCCAGAUCCUGACGACCUAAAUCUUCUGCUCAAGAUACCUGACAUGGCUUCAAGUGAUUGCAAUAUAUCAAGCAUCCUUAAAUCUAUAAGCGACUGUAUGAUUGAUUACCUCCCCUGAACAGUACACCGAAACACUGUAAGAAUUGUCUAAGAUCCAGUAUAUAUAUAUACUGACAUAGAAUUACACUUUAAGUUUUUAUGUUGUAAUGUAUGGGGCAUUUAUCAUAUGAGAUGUUGGCAACAUCUUGAGUAUCGUGAAACCUGCUUUUGUUUACUUUCUCCAAUCUUCGCUCACAUAAUCCAUAAGGCCAAGCUGUGGUGUAGUGGCUAUCCAUCAUUUACUUUAAAUGUAUUCAUGAUGGGCAUGCUGUCACUUUAUGUUAAUAUGUUACAAGAAUGGCAGUCAAAACAUUACAUCAACAAUUCAUGCUUAUAUGAAACAUGAUCCGUAGGAUGUGUGUUUGGGCAGGUGUCAUAGCCCAACUCUUUCCAGUGGAUAUUAUAUUGGAAAACCUGUCCUCAUAUGACCUGUCUUUGUGAGGAUGUUAAACUCCAAAAAAUCAAAUUGGGAAAAAAGUUAAGCUGUUAAUUAGUUUUCAUUCCUUGACUGAUAUGAAAUCCAUGUUUUCUGUUUUUAAUGAGUUUUGGACAAGAGGUGCUGAUGUUAUGACCAAGUAGUUGUUGACAUUGUUGUAACAUGUUUUAACAUCUUUGACAAUUAACUAACAAAAGUGGCAAGGAAAGCAAUACAGCCCUAAUAUAAACCAUUUUAUAAUCGUGCAUUAAACCAAUCAUAUCAGCAAUAUUGAUUACUUUCAAACGGAACAAGUGAAAGAUUUUUUUUUUCAGCUUUUUAUUAAGUUUUGUCAAGGAAUGGCCAAUCAUUUCAUUGUCAUUAUUUUUAUGAAAUGUUUUUCUCUACAAAUUUAUAGUUAUAAAAUGUUACUAUAAUUAUCUAUAAUGGAAUUCCAGAUAUACUUUCAUUUUAAACUUAUAAAUAUCAGAUAUGAAAUUCUUUGUCUGUUUAAAGUACUUCUGCCAUUACCAGUAAUGUAACUAUAUGUAUAUAGCUAGAAAUCAUAUGUAAAAGGGGGCUGAGUUAUAAAAGGAAUGAGAUCUGUAACAUUUUAAUCCCUUCAUUAAAUUGUUUUUAUAAAAUCCUCAUGGUCAAAAACUAAAAUAUGGAAUUUUAGAACAGCUUUCAUGCAGAAAAAUAAUCAUAGAACAUUUCCCCAUCAUUAUGUUAUGUUGCGAUGUUGGUGUAAAUGACUGUGUUCUGUACAACCAAUAAUCAAUCUUAUGAGCAGCCCGAGGUCUGCAAAGUUGUUCACCUCUUGAUGUCAAGGGGAAGUAACUCUCUGCGUUAAUGAAGAAGUCAUUGUCGUGUGUCUAUGUUGACUUUCCCAGUACAGUAUAGAUGUACUGACCGAUGUGAUCAAAAAUUCCUCCCAAGGGGAGAUAACUCUUCAACAACUGCACCAUUAAGGAUCAACAACAGUGUUUUAUAACAGUGUCUGUGAUAGUUCGCUCUGAUCAGAUGCAAUUUCAGAGACCUUCGCAGAAGAUCUCCCUCGUUUUUGUACAGCUAAGAUGUGGUAUAAUGUGUUGAAACUUCCCUGUCAUUUUACUGUGAUUUUUAUUGUAAUGAAUGGAUGAUGCUGUGUGGUUGUUACGAACAUUUUUAGUGACUGAGUGAAAAGCCAAGAAGUAGUAAUGUGUACUUAUAAGUUAUCGUUGAUAUUGUUAAUGACAGCAUGUAUGUGGUGUUAUUUCUAUAGUGCUAUAAAAGUUGUUCUGAAUGUUUGAAUUUUCUGUGGGAUCCCCACAAGCAAUAUGUUGUUUUUGUAUACAAGCAGGUCCGAUUAAUAUUGUCAUUUCCUCACCCCGAGACUCGACACAAUAAUCAGAUACAUAACAUUGCAGUGAUUCAUUUUAUCACUGUUAAUUGAUGCUUUCAUUUUAUUGUUGAAGUAGGAUUCUAUGAAGAUUUUCCCAUUUGAAGAUUAUUAAUUGUCACUCAUUUAAAAAAUCACUUUAGAAUGUUCGUGGGCUGUCAGUAAAAAAGUCUUUGAAAGAAGGAAAGAGCUAGUGUAAAUAUAUUCAAUUGUUUGUGGUUAAUUGGAUGGAAAAUAUAUUUGACGAUAAUAAGGAAAGGACUUCUCAUAAUUUGCAGAUGGCUAGUCAAACUUCAGAAAGUUUUUUUUUCAAAUUAUGUUAAAAAAUUGUGCUACCUCAGCAUCAAAUAUUCCAUAAUAUAAUUAUAUAGUAGAACAUACAAAUUAGUCUAGACAGUAGUGUUGUUUUUUAUUUCAAGCCUGAGCACAUUUAGCAUAUUGAAUAUUGAAAAAGUAGAAGUAUAAUUAAUAAAUAUUGUACAUAGUGAAAAUUAUGAACCUCAAAAAUUGUGAACCUCAAAAAUGCUUUCAAGUAAGUAGUAGAUAGCUACCUAGGAGUGAUUUUGCAUAAUAACAUACAUCUCCUGGUAAACCAGACUUGUGGUGACCGGUACAUCCCCUGGUAAACUAGACUUGUGGGGACCGGUACAUCUCCUGGUAAACCAGACUUGUGGUGACUGGUACAUCCCCUGGUAAACUAGACUGGUGGUGACCAGUACAUCUCCUGGUAAACCAGACUGGUGGUGACCGGUACAUCCCCUGGUAAACUAGACUUGUGGGGACCGGUACAUCUCCUGGUAAACUAGACUUGUGGUGACCGGUACAUCACCUGAUAAACUAGACUGGUGGUGACCGGUACAUCCCCUGGUAAACUAUACUGGUGGUGACCGCUACAUCUCCUGGUAAACUAGACUGGUGGUGACCGCUACAUCCCCUGGCAAACUAGACUGGUGGUGACCGGUACAUCCCCUGGUAAACUAGACUUGUGGUGACUGGUACAUCCCCUGGUAAACUAGACUGGUGGUGACCGCUACAUCUCCUGGUAAACUAGACUGGUGGUGACCUCUACAUCUCCUGAUAAACUAGACUGGUGGUGACCGGUACAUCUCCUGGUAAACUAGACUGGUGGUGACCUCUACAUCUCCUGAUAAACUAGACUGGUGGUGACCGGUACAUCUCCUGGUAAACUAGACUGGUGGUGACCUCUACAUCCCCUGGUAAACUAGACUGGUGGUGACCGGUACAUCCCCUGGUAAACUAGACUGGUGGUGACCGGUACAUCCCCUGGUAAACUAGACUGGUGGUGACCGGUACAUCCCCUGGUAAACUAGACUGGUGGUGACCGGUACAUCUCCUGGUAAACUAGACUGGUGGUGACCGGUACAUCCCCUGGUAAACUAGACUGGUGGUGACCGGUACAUCUCCUGGUAAACUAGACUGGUGGUGACCGGUACAUCUCCUGGUAAACUAGACUGGUGGUGACCGGUACAUCUCCUGGUAAACUAGACUGGUAGUGACCGGUACAUCCCCUGGUAAACUAGACUUGUGGUGACCGGUACAUCCCCUGGUAAACUAGACUGGUGGUGACCGCUACAUCUCCUGGUAAACUAGACUGGUGGUGACCGCUACAUCUCCUGGUAAACUAGACUGGUGGUGACCGCUACAUCCCCUUGUAAACUAGACUGGUGGUGACCGGUACAUCACCUGGUUAACUAGACUGGUGGUGACCGGUACAUCCCCUGGUAAACUAGACUGGUGGUGACCGCUACAUCCCCUGGUAAACUAGACUGGUGGUGACCGCUACAUCCCCUGGUAAACUAGACUGGUGGUGACCGCUACAUCCCCUGGUAAACUAGACUGGUGAUGACAGGUACAUCACCUGGUAAACUAGACUGGUGGUGACCGGUACAUCCCCUUGUAAACUAGACUGGUGGUGACCGCUACAUCUCCUGGUAAACUAGACUGGUGGUGACCGGUACAAGCUAGACUUGUGGUGACCGGUACAUCUCCUGGUAAACUAGACUGGUGGUGACCAGUACAUCUCCUGGUGAACUAGACUGGUGGUGACCGGUACAUCUGGUAAACUAGACUGGUGGUGACCGCUACAUCCCCUGGUAAACUAGACUGGUGGUGACCGGUACAUCCCCUUGUAAACUAGACUGGUGGUGACUAGUACAUCCCCUGGUAAACUAGACUGGUGGUGACCGGUACAUCCCCUGGUAAACUAGACUGGUGGUGACCGGUACAUCCCCUGGUAAACCAGACUUGUGGUGACUGGUACAUCCCCUUGUAAACUAGACUGAUGGUGACCGGUACCCGGUACAUCCCCUGGUAAACUAGACUGGUGGUGACCGCUACAUCCCCUGGUAAACUAGACUGGUGGUGACCGGUACAUCUCCUGGUAAACUACACUGUUGGUGACCGCUACAUCUCCUGGUAAACUAGACUGGUGGUGACCGCUACAUCCCCUGGUAAACUAGACUGGUGGUGACCGAUACAUCUCCUGGUAAACUACACUGUUGGUGACCGCUACAUCUCCUGGUAAACUGGACUGGUGGUGACCGGUACAUUCCCUUGUAAACUAGACUGGUGGUGACCGCUACAUCUCCUGGUAAACUAGACUUGUGGUGACCGCUACAUCUCCUGGUAAACUAGACUUGUGGUGACCGCUACAUCACCUGGUAAACUAGACUACAUCCUGGUAAACUAGACUGGUGGUGACCGCUACAUCCCCUUGUAAACUAGACUGGUGAUGACCAGUACAUCUCCUGGUAAACUAGACUGGUGGUGACCGGUACAUCCCCUGGUAAACUAGACUGGCGGUGACCAGUACAUCCCCUGGUAAACUAGACUGGCGGUGACCGGUAAAUCCCCUGGUAAACUAGACUGGCGGUGACCAGUACAUCCCCUGGUAAACUAGACUGGCGGUGACUAGUUUGGGUAGUUAGGUUGAAAUCCUUGUACUUCUUGGUACUUGUCACAGAAAUCCUGUAGUUUUGAACCACAAACAGUAGUGAGUAGUGCAUUUUUACCUUAGUUAAAAUAAAGAAAGUUGAUUUUUUUUUUAUUGCUUCUGAUAUAAGAAUGUAAGUAGGUAUCAUUUCUAUCUUUAAAGAUGCACCAAAGAAAGUGUUAGGUAUACAGUGUACAAUAUAGAUUGGUAAAAAUGGAUUACAGUUUGCUAUCUUUUCAUUUUGCCCAUAAUAUGUUAUCCUCCAUUUGUGCACAUUCUUUUCCAAACCUGUAUUUUUUAGUCAAAAAAAAAAAAGAAGGAAAAUGAUGAUAUUGUAGAAAUACUUCAGAAUCAAAGCUAGGUACUACAGUUAAAACUUUGAUAGUUGAUGCAUUUUCUUGGAAUAAACAUUUUAUUUCUUAACCAAGUGAUAAUGAUUAAUGAUAAAAAGUUUCAUUACAAAAAAACAGCAAUUUUCUUUACACCAGUAGGAUUAGGGUGAACUUUUAAAAGUCCAAUGUCACAUGGAGACUUUGGUAAUAAAUAUUAAGACUGAACAACUUCAAAUAUUUAUUGAUCAAUAUUUUUGUGGUACCAGCGGAGCAAAAUUCAAUAAUUCACACACAUGGAUACUGAAUUUGCUUUUAUUUAAUAUUGUUAAUGCCAUUGAUUAGGUGAAAAGUGAUAAAUAUUGAAUAUGAAAUUGAAAUAAAAAAGUCUGUAUUUAAAAUUCUUUACCCAGAACUAUUGACGACGAUGUUGUGUUCCUGUUUUAUCCGAUUGAUACUUAGUGCCAUAAUCCUUUGCGUUGUUAAAAUACCAAAUCAUGUAGAAACAGAGAGAAUUGAGCAGUAAUUAUGUAGUGUGUGAUGAAAACAUUUUAAAAAGUAACAUUCAAAAUGUUCACACUUUAAUAUCAAUUUAAUGAUCAGUGUUUGUUUAUCUGGCUAUUUUUUUUCUGAAAUGAAAGUUAUAUACCAACAAUAUUUUUUCAGUUGAGUGUUAAAAUGUGUAAAGCUAAUAAAAGCUUGGAAAAAUUCAUGAAACAUUUAGAUUCUGAAGUAGUUUUACUGGCAUGGCCAUGUGAGUCUUUUAUACACAAACGAGUCCUAUACUGAUUAUAUCACUGCUACAUCAGUUAUAAAGAAUGUAUUUACCAUCCUGUGGUAUGUCACAGAUAACAGAAUGUGUUUACUGUCCUGUGGUAUGUCACAGAUAACAGAAUGUGUAUACUGUCCUGUGGUAUGUCACAGAUAACAGAAUGUGUAUACUGUCCUGUGGUAUGUCACAGAUAACAGAAUGUGUUUACUGUCCUGUGGUAUGUCACAGAUAACAGAAUGUGUUUACUGUCCUGUGGUAUGUCACAGAUAACAGAAUGUGUAUACUGUCCUGUGGUAUGUCACAGAUAACAGAAUGUGUUUACUGUCCUGUGGUAUGUCACAGAUAACAGAAUGUGUUUACUGUCCUGUGGUAUGUCACAGAUAACAGAAUGUGUAUACUGUCCUGUGGUAUGUCACAGAUAACAGAAUAUGUUUACUGUCCUGUGGUAUGUCACAGAUAACAGAAUGUGUUUACUGUCCUGUGGUAUGUCACAGAUAACAGAAUGUGUUUACUGUCCUGUGGUAUGUCACAGAUAACAGAAUGUGUUUACUGUCCUGUGGUAUGUCACAGAUAACAGAAUGCGUUUACUGUCCCGUGUUAUGUCACAGAUAACAGAAUGUGUUUACUGUCCUGUGGUAUGUCACCGAUUGAUGAGAUAUUGCUCUACACACUCCUUAAAGGGAAAGCUUUAUUGCAGUUACAGUUUGUUGGAAUGGUUUUGGUUACAAAGUAAGCUUUUUGUAUGUCCUAGUAAAUUGAGUGAUUUUCUACCUUGCUAUAUAAUCUACGCUUCCCUUGUAACUAAUAGGUGAGUCUGUUAUAUUGGAAUACCUUUUAGUGAUCCUAUUAUAAACUCAUCGUGUCUUAAGAGACCGGGUACCUGAGUUGAGACACCGGGUACCUGAGUUGAGAGACCGGUUACCUGAGUUUAAAAACCGCUGUUUAUACUAUUGUAGUGAUUUUGUUAUGCACUGAACCUGUGUAACGGGGCCACUUAUUGGUCCUCUCUCUUUUACAGGUUUGUCAGUGACAGGGUACCUCCAGACCAUGUUUUUUUCUGUUUUAGAUACCAGUGAACGUAAUUUAUGAUAGACACUUGAGCUAAUUUGCUUUGAUAUUAAGUUGGCGUGACCUGUGUGUAUUGUGUAGGUCGAUUUCAGGCUAUGAUCUACAGAACAUUUGUCAGCUUCACAAAAGACGCUCUCCAGGAAAUAUGUCAAAUGAUCUUACCGCGAUUUGUUUUGUACAGUCAGUCACAGUGUAAGGGGAGAUAACUAUAACACUUAUUACAUACCUAAUAUUGAAAUUGUCAUUUUUCAAAUAUAGAUGUUUCCAUAAUUUUGCAAUAUAGAUUUAAAUUUAAUUUGAAGUUCUUAUAUUGUGUGUUUAUUCGUAAUGCCCGGUAUGUGCAAUGAAAAGGAGUUAUUUAUAUCACUGUAAAAAUAGGAGAGGAAGUAUUCUAAUCAUGUUAAUGUUGGUUGACAUAUAUACUUAGAAUUAAAUGUUUAUCAAAACAAAGAAAUUUUCCAGAAUAUUUGUGAAUGCGGAAAAAAUCAUUUGCAGUUACGUCCUUCAUUUCUUGUUUAAAAUUUCAUUCCACGCUAUCAGAUCCGAAACUUGUUACAUGUUUAGGAUCAGUGAUAUCCAUUGAAGUGAUGGCAUUUGAAAAUUGACUUUCAUUUACAAAUGUUUUUCAAUGUGACAUGUAGUAAUUAUUUAUUGAUAUGUAGAGUUCAUGUGAAAAUAAGGAAAAAUGAGACAUUGUAAAUUAUCAUGAAAAUUAAAGAUACAAGAUUAAAUUCAAUUUUCAUUCAUUGAAAUGUGCAUGUUAAAAUAUAUCGUACAAAUUUCAGGGCAAAUGUGGUUGUUGUCACUUUGGUGUCGAGUUGUCUGGGAUAAUAUGAUCAUGCACCCUAUUUUGACAACUGAUAAUUUGAACAUUUUGAAACCUUCGGUUUUUGAAGGCUCACAUCAUCGCUAUGUUUUUUAUUGUACAUACACACUGUACAGAAGUGCCACAUGUCGAAGCGGGUACUUCUAGUGUAAAGCACACUGCAGCUCGUGUUGCUAUUGGAAACAUUGACAGUGACCACAUCAGGUUCUCAUAAUGAUCCCAUUUUAUUCAUCGCUGGUUUUGAUGUUAAAUUAAAAACAAAGUGGUUACGUUAUAUUUCUACAAUGAUUUGAAAAUAGUCACUUUAUUCUGUGUUUUUUGAUAUAUGAAAAAAAAAAAGACAAAAAUAAAAAGAAAUUACUGUUUUAAUCUCAAUUUCGUUUACUUAAUAAAUUAAAUAUUAUUUUCUCCAUUUUUCUGUCGCAGGAAAAAUUAUUUUUUAUGGUAUAGAAUUUUUUUUUUUUUUUUAUUGAAAUUUGGUUUCUUGAUAUACAUGUACUUUGAUAUAGUAAAAAACAAGCAAUUAUCCGUUAUGUUCACCAAAAAAUGUUUCAAAUAGCACCAUCAGAAAGAGGUUAAUCUCCCAGUAGGUAACCUAAUGUAGUUACAUUUAGUUUGAUUGCUGUGACUUACGUGAAACUUACACAAAGAUGUGAAUUUCCCCACAGGAACAUACAUAUCACAUUAAACGCUGUGUCGUGUUGGUGGACCGGUAUCUAUUAUGUUGUUAUACGCGCAGAUGUGAUAAAACUUUUAAUCAUGUGAUGUGUGUGUUAGUGGAAUGUGUGUCAUGUGACCCUAGAAAAAGUGACUUUAGUGUGUCUGUGACAAUUUAAGAGUCGGAUAAAUAUUUAUAUUGCUUGUAUGUAACAUGUUUCGUUUUUUUAAACAAAGGCAUCACAAAUGUUUGUGAACAUGUUCACUAUUUUAUGCACUGACUCUGGUGAGAGCGUUUAUCCGUGUAAGGAUCGAGAAGCCCUGAUCGCCCUGUUGUGUUUCCCGGGAUCGCGACCAAUGAUGUAAAUAUUUUCAACCAAGUUAUAGUUAAUGAUUUAUUGCAGAAUAGCAUCUGAAGGCUUCUCCUGGACCUAGUUUAUAAAGAAAGUAAAAAUUCUUAUAAUCAA